AUGGAUUUCGGUCGCCGGAAGGUGGCGGCGCUGGCUGCGCUCUGCUCGCCGACGCCGGACAAGUCCCCGAAGGGCGGCGUCGACGCCCCCAUCGCCCCGCUCCUCGACGCCCUCAACUCCCACCCGGACCUCUUCACCACCUCCUCCUGCUCCGGCCGCGUCUCCGUCCUCGCGCAGCCUCCGCCGCCGCAUGAGGGCCAGGGCGAUGGCGCCCCCAAGCCGAAGAAGAAGGCGCGGGGCGGCGGGUGGGUAUACGUAUCGCACGACCCUGCCGAUCCGGACGCCGUGGUGGAGCAGCUGUUUGGCGGGAGCGGGUCGGGAGGGGCGGGGGACGAGCUGGUGUUCAGGUUCGAGCCGAUGAUCGUGGCGGUGGAGUGCAGGGACGCCGCCGCAGCUGCGGCGCUCGUCGCGGCCGCGAUUGGUGCGGGGUUCCGGGAAUCAGGUAUCACAAGCUUGCAGAAACGUGCAAUGGUAGCAAUAAGAUGCUCAAUUCGCAUGGAAGUGCCACUGGGGCAGAUUAACGAACUUGUUGUUUCUCCGGAGUAUGUCCGAUACCUUGUUAGAAUUGCCAACAGUAAAAUGGAGGCAAAUAAAAGGCGAAUGGAUGGAUUUCUGGAUCUCUUGCAGACUAAGGGUUUGUCAUACUCAUCGGGGUUGUCAAACAACUGUAAUGGAAGUGGUGGUCAGUCUGUUGAUUAUAAGGCUUCCGUGGGUCCUGAAGUUAAGAUACCAUUAGAUAAAUGUGCCAAAACAAAUGAUGAGUACUUAGUUACAAAAAGGAGAAACAGUGGACGUAGUUGUGAUGAUGAUACAGGUUCAAUAGAAGCACGGUAUUUUGGAAAUCAAGACUCUGCAUGGAGCGAGGGUGUCAAGCAUGGUUUUGGUAAUGCUAAACGAUUAUUAACGCAGGAGAAGUUGUCAGAAAACAAAAAUCAUCUCCCUACCACAACAUUGGAGAUUAGUGGUGAACCAAUUGAGAAGCUCUUCUUAUGGGGCCAAGCCUCUUGUGUGUUUACUGUUGGAGAAGAGCAGCAGGUCCUAACUUUUGGUGGUUUUGGAGGACCAGGAAGACAUGCAAGGAGAAACUAUUCCCUUCUGCUCAAUCACAAAUCUGGUUUGUUGACAGAAACGAUCUUCAAAGCAUCUCCUUCACCACGGAUGGGGCAUACAGUUACUGCAGUUGGUAAUAGCACUUAUCUAAUUGGAGGUAGAGGUGGCCCUUCAAAAAUUCUUGAUGAUGUCUGGGUUUUGCUAAGCACUGGGAAUACGUGGUCAAAAGUGGAGUGCUGUGGAGAUCUGUUCCAACCAAGGCACCGACAUGCAUCUGCUGCAGUAGCUUCAAAAAUUUAUGUAUUUGGCGGACUCAGUAAUGAAGGAAUAUAUUCUUGUAUGAAUGUAUUGGACACAAAAAAUAUGCAAUGGAGUGUACUUGCUGCUUCAGGCGAAUGGCCAUGUGCUCGACAUUCACAUUCUAUGGUGUCAUAUGGUACUAAUCUAUUCAUGUUCGGAGGUCAUGAUGGCCAACGGGCACUGAAGGACUUCUACAGUUUUGAUACAACAACACUUAAGUGGAACAAGGAAAACUCAAAUGGGGGAUCUCUGUCACCUAGGUUUUCACACUGCAUGUUCAUCUACAAAAAUUAUCUUGGGAUACUUGGUGGCUGCCCUAUUACCGAAAACAACCAAGAAGUUACAUUGCUGAACUUAAAGCAUCGAGUCUGGUUUUGUGUUUCCGUUCCAUUGCUGAGCCAGUCCCUCUGUGUCCGUAGUUCAUCGGUUGUAAUUAAAGAUGAUCUUGUUAUUUUAGGUGGUGGUGCAUCUUGUUAUGCAUUUGGAACCAAAUUCAGUCAACCAAUAGUUCUUGAUCUGCAUUCAGUGGAGUCUAUGUUUAAAUAUGAUAGGAACAAAGAUGACACAGUUCAAAGUCAUGAUGCAAUAUCUGCUGUUGACUUGCCAAAAGAUGAGCAAAAUGGCAUCUUUGAUCAUGAUACAAAAUCAGAAGAUGCUUGUUCUGGUGGUUUGACAGAUUCAAGCCCUCUGGUUCUUCAAGUGGAAAAGACAUAUGCCAAAUUAGCAAAGGACAUUCUGAAAAAGUUUGCAUGGUUGGAUCUUUCUAGAAAAGUUCGAGUGAGCCAUGAUAAUGGCCAUGUUCUUUUUCCUAUUAAUGAAGCUUUCCCUAUCCUAAAUGCUGAAGAGCAUAUCAAGAUGACACGUGAUGAUUCAUGUACCUUUGGGGAAUCAUUAGUGUUUACUGAAAAGAAACUUGUAGGAGAGAACCUAUCUCUUCAGGAUGCAUUAAAAAUUUUGUCAUCUUGCAAUGGUUCCUUUAUGAAAGAUGAACUGGCCAUCAGCCGAAAGCUUUCCAAGUCUCCUCAAACCAUCAUGAAAGAACUUGUAUCUUCUCUACUGGAAAGUAAAGGGAUGCCCCCUCAGUUGUUGGAGCAGCUUCCAGCUAGGUGGGAGACACUUGGUGAUAUCGUCAUACUUCCGAAGACAUGUUUUAAGAAUCCAUUGUGGGAAUCAGUUAGCGAGGAACUUUGGCCACUAGUUGCCAAGUCACUUGGUUCACAACGUCUUGCACGCCAAGGUAAAAUCAUGCCAAAUGGUACAAGAGAUAGUACACUGGAACUUCUUCUGGGUGAUAAUGGAUGGGUUACCAAUUAUGAAAAUGGCAUCUGCUAUUCACUUGAUGCAACAAAAUGCAUGUUUUCUUCUGGUAAUCAUUCAGAGAAACUUCGCAUGGGACAGCUAAACUGCAGAGAUGAGGUCGUCGUGGAUUUGUUUGCUGGAAUUGGAUACUUUGUUCUUCCGUUUCUUGUGAAGGCUAAUGCCAAGCUAGUUUAUGCAUGUGAAUGGAAUCCACAUGCUCUGGAGGCUCUUCGGCGCAAUGUUAGUGACAACAGUGUGGAGGAUCGAUGUAUUAUACUUGAAGGAGAUAACCGGGUGACUGCACCCAAAGGUGUUGCUGAUCGAGUCUGUCUUGGAUUGUUACCCUCAAGUGAAUGUAGCUGGGCCACUGCUGUUGAAACUUUAAGGGUUGGCGGGGGUGUAUUGCAUAUACACAGGAAUGUCAAUGACUCUGAUGAGACACGCUGGUUGGACAAUGUUGUUGAAUCCAUCAGUAAUAUCGCCAAAAACCAUGUUUUGCCCUCAAGAGUUAAAAUUCCAUUCUUAUGCCAUUUUGUGUCGCAGGACUAUCUUGGAACGUGUCAGUGGAGCAUGUUGAACGUGUCAAAUGGUACGGACCGCAUAUUCGCCACCUUGUAG